AAAAAAACAAAAAAAGAAAAAAGAAAUAAAACACGCGAUUCAAAGGUUUAUACGUGAUAAAGUGAAAUGUUGAUGUUGAAAAGAAAAAGAAAACGGAGAAACCGUAAGAAAAUGUAAAUAAACUUUCAAUUUCUGCAACUAUCUUAUAUUAUUUGGCGCUGCGGUAACAUGGUGGCGCUAGUGUCGCAAUGAAAAAGCCGCAAUAAGCGAGCAGCGCUCAUAUACCUAGCGAAUAUUUAGAAUAAAACUCGAUCAGUGGUAGUUCUCAUCAUCAUCAACUAUUUUGUCGUCGUGAUCGUAUCGUCGUGUUAGUUAUCGUUGUGUCGUUAUUGAUGUUGAUGUCGAUAUCGGUGUCGGUGUCUACAAUAAUCUGUCUGUAGUCGUUCAAACGCUUCGAACGUUGCUCAUUUCAUUCAACGAACGAUGGUGGUUCUAGAUCUUUUCGAAAAUAUAUCUUCGGUUCCGAAGCUUUAUUAUGGAGCUUUAUUCGGAAUUGGUUUCAGCUUUUAUUAUCUAUUCGAGGUCGUUAAAACUCCACUGUUGGUAUGUGCAAAAGGACCCUUUCGUUCUUUCUUAGAAGACCAUGUAACAUUGGUGAAAAAUAAAUUUUGGCCUACCUUAUGGUGUUUUGAAUCACGAGCACAAACUGUAUUAGCAAGUAUCGUUAGGGCACGUGUAUUACCAGCGAUUCAUUACCGCAGAGAAAUUUUUACAUUGUCCGAUGGCGGCGAAGUUGCUUUAGAUUGGGCCGAGGAAAAUUGUCCGACUACAUCACCGAUAGUUAUCAUUUUACCAGGCCUUACCGGUGCUAGUAACACGGAAUAUAUCAAGUGUUUGGUAUCAGCCGCCAAGAAGUCACAUAUAAGAUGCGUAAUAUUCAAUAACAGAGGAUUGGGUGGUGUUAAAUUGAAGACACCACGGACAUAUUGCGCAGCUAAUUGCGACGAUCUGGCAGAGAUUAUCGAACAUUUAAAAAAAUUACAUCCUAAUGUUCCCCUCGGUGCGACUGGUAUUUCAAUGGGAGGAUUGAUAUUAGGUAAUUAUUUAGCACAAAACGGUGAAGCUGCUAAAGAUAAAUUAAAGGGAUGCUUUAUCAUCUCAGUGCCUUGGAACGUAUUUGCCGCAACAAAAAGCAUCGAAGAUAAUUAUAUAAAUUUGAUGCUGAAUAAACAUCUAGCCAGUAAUCUGUGUCGUACGGUUAAAAAAUAUUACUCCUCUUUGGAGACCGGCUUAGAAAACGUAGAUAUGAAUGACGUCUUACGUAGUCAAACCGUAAGAGAAUUCGACUCGAAUUUUACGACCAAGCAAUUCGGUUUCAAAGAUGUCGAAGAGUAUUAUCAGAAAGCAACGUUACAUGAUAAAUUGCAUUUAAUGGAGGUACCGGUUUUGUGCCUUAAUGCGGCAGACGAUCCUUUUCAACCUUUUGAAGCAAUACCACUAAACGAAUUUAGCAAAACUGAAAAUGUCGCCAUCGUGGUAACUUCGCGCGGUGGUCAUAUUGGAUUUCUCGAAGGUUUUUGGCCAGUAAAAGAGGAACAAUAUAUCAGCAAACUAUUUUGCCAAUAUUACACUGCUCUAUUUACCAUUGGUAUGGAUUUACUUUCCCAUUAAAACAUGAAGCAAUUGUUUUGGACAUCAUCGAAGAGAAUCGUCGAUGCAAACAUUUUUAAUAAUUAUUCGAGGCGAUCGAUCAAGAUGUGCCAUU